UCUUACUGUAUUCGAUUGUCACGAUAAUAUGGCGUCCUCACAGCCCAUCAAGCUUGCCGUCCUGGACGACUACCACAACAUCGCUCUGCAACACUUCUCACACCUUCCCAGCUCGCAAGUCGAGGUCACAGUCUUCAGCGACACACUCCCAUCAUACACUCAUCCCAAAACCACAGAUGCCGAACGACAAGCACUUGUCGAGCGCUUGCGCCCCUUCUCAAUUCUUUCAACAAUGCGCGAGCGCACUCCAUUUCCAGGGGAACUACUCCGCCAACUCCCAAAUCUCAAGGUCAUCUUCGCAACAGGCGGCAAGUUCGAAAGCUGGGAUCUUGCAACGAUGAAAGAGCUCGGUAUCACGGUCUGCGCGGCGUCAGGCAAAGGCCGCACAGACGGAAAAGGAAGCGGACCGUCUCUGCGCUCGCUACCUGUGAAGCAGGGCGGUGGGCACCCUACUACGCAGCAUGUAUGGGCUUUAAUCUUGGCGCUAGCCAGAAACGUGGCUGCGGAUGAUGCUGUUGUCAAGGGUAAGCGCGGACCGAAGGCGUGGCAGACUGGACUGGCGAUUGGCUUGCAAGGGAAGACAUUAGGGCUCGUGGGACUGGGGAGGAUUGGGUCACAUGUAGCGAGGGUUGGCGUGCUUGCAUUUGGGAUGAAGAUCGUGUGUUGGAGUGCAAAUUUGACCCAAGAGAAGGCAGACCAGCUUGCUCAGGAGGCUGGCUUGCCAGUCUCGGGAGGAGGCAUGAUCGCGGAUGACGAGAAGACGUUCAAGGUCGUUAGCAAAGAAGAGGUGUUCAAGACAGCAGAUGUGGUUUCGCUGCAUUACGUGCUUAGUGAGCGGUCAAAGGGGAUCGUGAGUACUCAAGAGCUGGAGUGGAUGAGGCCUUCUAGCCUGCUGGUGAAUACGUCUCGCGGACCGUUGGUGGACGAAGCAGCUCUGCUUGGCACACUUCGUGGUGGAUAUAUAGGAGGCGCUGCACUCGACGUGUUCGACAUUGAACCCUUGCCAGCAGACAGCCCCUGGCGCAAUGAAGACUGGGAUGCGGAAGGAAAGAGCAGGGUACUCUUGACGCCACAUAUGGGCUACGUGGAAGAGGGCACACUGAAUACAUGGUAUGAGGAGACGGCAGAGAAUCUGGAGAGGCUAGUCCAGGGGAAGGACCUGCUGAACAUUGUUCUGUGAGUUCAACAACGCUCUACGAUAAGGACAGCUGCACCAUAGGAU